CAAACGCAGCCCAAACUGGGGGGUUUCUCUUCAAAGCCAGCUGGUCUGGCUUUAUUCUACAGGAAUUUUUUUACCUGUCAGAGUUUGGACAACAAAGCCCUCAGCAGGUGCUGACGGGUACAACUUCCUGGAGAAGCAGAAAGGCACUGGUGCCAAAGAAGAGUUGCAAACUGUGAAGUAACUUCUAUGAAGAGAUGAAGUAAAGAAUGGAAGGCAAAUGACGGACUGUAUGUGUAUGUGGAACGAAUGCAGGAAUUUGGGAACUGAGCAGUGCAAGUGCUGAAGAAGGAGAUUUGUUUGGAGGAAACAGGAAAGAGAAAGAAAAGGAAGGAAAAAAUACAUAAUUUCAGGGACGAGAGAGAGAAGAAAAACGGGGACUAUGGGGAGAAAAAAGAUUCAGAUUACGAGGAUUAUGGAUGAACGUAACAGACAGGUGACAUUUACAAAGAGGAAAUUUGGUUUGAUGAAGAAGGCGUACGAGCUGAGCGUGCUGUGUGACUGUGAGAUCGCGCUGAUCAUCUUCAACAGCACCAACAAGCUGUUCCAGUACGCCAGCACGGACAUGGACAAGGUGCUGCUCAAGUACACCGAGUACAACGAGCCGCACGAGAGCCGGACAAACUCAGACAUCGUGGAGGCCUUGAACAAGAAAGAAAACAAAGGCUGUGAAAGCCCCGAUCCCGACUCCUCUUAUGCACUCACCCCACGCACUGAAGAAAAAUACAAAAAAAUUAAUGAAGAAUUUGAUAAUAUGAUCAAGAGCCAUAAAAUUCCUGCUGUUCCACCUCCCAACUUUGAGAUGCCAGUCUCCAUCCCAGUGUCCAGCCACAACAGUUUGGUAUACAGCAACCCUGUCAGCUCACUGGGAAACCCCAACCUUUUGCCACUGGCCCACCCUUCUCUGCAGAGGAAUAGUAUGUCUCCUGGUGUAACACAUCGACCUCCAAGUGCAGGUAACACAGGUGGUCUGAUGGGUGGAGACCUCACAUCCGGUGCAGGCACCAGUGCAGGGAACGGGUAUGGCAAUCCCCGAAACUCACCAGGUCUGCUGGUCUCACCUGGUAACUUGAACAAGAAUAUGCAAGCAAAAUCUCCUCCUCCCAUGAAUUUAGGGAUGAAUAACCGUAAACCAGAUCUCCGAGUUCUUAUUCCACCAGGCAGCAAGAAUACGAUGCCAUCAGUGAAUCAAAGGAUAAAUAACUCCCAGUCUGCUCAGUCAUUGGCUACCCCAGUGGUUUCCGUAGCAACUCCUACUUUACCAGGACAAGGGAUGGGAGGAUAUCCAUCAGCCAUUUCAACAACAUAUGGUACCGAAUACUCUCUGAGUAGUGCAGACCUGUCAUCUCUGUCUGGGUUUAACACGGCCAGCGCUCUUCAUCUUGGGUCAGUAACUGGCUGGCAACAGCAACACCUACAUAACAUGCCGCCAUCCGCCCUCAGUCAACUGGGAGCUUGCACUAGCACUCAUUUAUCUCAGAGUUCAAAUCUCUCCCUGCCUUCUACUCAAAGCCUCAACAUCAAGUCAGAACCUGUUUCUCCUCCUAGAGACCGUACCACCACCCCUUCGAGAUACCCACAACACACGCGCCACGAGGCGGGGAGAUCUCCUGUUGACAGCUUGAGCAGCUGCAGCAGUUCGUACGACGGGAGCGACCGAGAGGAUCACCGGAACGAAUUCCACUCCCCCAUUGGACUCACCAGACCUUCGCCGGAUGAAAGGGAAAGUCCCUCAGUCAAGCGCAUGCGACUCUCUGAAGGAUGGGCAACAUGAUCAGAUUAUUACUUAGUAGUUUUUUUUCUUGCAGUGUGUGUGUGUGCUAUACCUUAAUGGGGAAGGGGGGUCGAUAUGCAUUAUAUGUGCUGUGUGUGGAAAAAAAAAAGUCAGGUACUCUGUUUUGUAAAAGUACUUUUAAAUUGCCUCAGUGAUACAGUAUAAAGAUAAACAGAAAUGCUGAGAUAAGCUUAGCACUUGAGUUGUACAACAGAACACUUGUACAAAAUAGAUUUAAGGCUAACUUCUUUUCACUGUUGUGCUCCUUUGCAAAAUGUAUGUUACAAUAGAUAGUGUCAUGUUGCAGGUUCAACGUUAUUUACAUGUAAAUAGACAAAAGGAAACAUUUGCCAAAAGCGGCAGAUCUUUACUGAAAGAGAGAGCAGCUGUUAUGCAACAUAUAGAAAAGUGUAUAGAUGUUUUGGACAGACCCGGCAAAGGGUGGCCACGGUUACACGUUAGGAACACACCAGGUCACCUAACACCCACCCCGAGAACGCUCACAAACCUGCAGGCACAUCAUUGGCGUAUGGCACUCAUGAAAAAGGAUCAAUGACCAUUAAAAGAGGACCAUACCUAUUUUUUAAAAAUGUAGAGUUUGAGGGCUAACGUAUUUAAUUAAAUAAAUAAAUAAAUCUGGGUCUGCAUCUCUUAUUAAAUAAAAAUAUAAAAAUAUGUACAUUACAUUUUGCUUAUUUUCAUAUAAAAGGUAAGACAGAGUUUGCAAAGCAUUUGUGGCUUUUUGUAGUUUACUUAAGCCAAAAUGUGUUUUUUCCCCCUUGAUAGCUUCGCUAAUAUUUUAAACAGUCCUGUAAAAAACCAAAAAGGACUUUUUGUAUAGAAAGCACUACCCUAAGCCAUGAAGAACUCCAUGCUUUGCUAACCAAGAUAACUGUUUUCUCUUUGUAGAAGUUUUGUUUUUGAAAUGUGUAUUUCUAAUUAUAUAAAAUAUUAAGAAUCUUUUAAAAAAUCUGUGAAAUUAACAUGCUUGUGUAUAGCUUUCUAAUAUAUAUAAUAUUAUGGUAAUAGCAGAAGUUUUGUUAUCUUAAUAGCGGGAGGGGGGUAUAUUUGUGCAGUUGCACAUUUGAGUAACUAUUUUCUUUCUGUUUUCUUUUACUCUGCAUACAUUUUAUAAGUUCAAGGUCAGCUGUCAAAAGGAUAACCUGUGGGAUUAGAACAUAUCACAUUGCAACACCUUAAAUUGUUUUUAAUCCAUUGGCAAUCUACUGGGUCAACUGACAUCCAUUGUAUAUACUAAUUAGUUUCUUUCAUGCUAUUUUUUGUUUUUGUUUUGCAUUUUUAUCAAAUGCAGGGCCCCUUUCUGAUCUCACCAUUUCACCAUGCAUCUUGGAAUUCAGUAAGUGCAUACCUUCAUCUUGCCCGUAUCCUAAAUUAUCGGUUGGUUUUCAGCCUAGAACUCGAUAAUGCUUUGAAGAAAUAUGCCCAGAGUAGAGAACUGUGUUGGGUCACAUGUCCUGCAAAUACUGCCCUAGAAAUAAGUGAUAUGGAGUUUACUCGAUGCAUGAGUAAUAAAUUCCCACAGAAGAAAAAUGUGAAAGUCUGGGUGCUAGAUAAGAAGGAAGCAGGUAAAGGGAUAGUUGCUUCGUCAUCCGUUCUUAAUUAUUUUAACUGACCCUCAACAAUCUUGUCAGCAAUAUAGGACUGUUGAACAAUCCCGGUGUGUCAGGACCCCCAAAUGUCACUUCUGCAUAAAGCAUGUAUGUCAUCUAUUUUUUUUUUCUUCAAUAAAGAGAUUUAAUAGCCAUUUCAAAAAAUCCCAUUAAAGCACCUCUCUAUGUCCCUUUUUUUUUUAAUUUUUCAGGAAAUAAUGAUGACUCUUGUCUAAUAUUCGUCUAUAAGGGAUUACUUUUCAGACCCUUUAAAAAGUGAGUGCCAUAAAAAAAAAAAGAGUUGAUAUAUAUUGUUUAAAGAGAUUUCAGUCUAGGACUGAUAUUCCUUCUCUAGGCAUGUGAAGAUCUGUCGAUCCAGCUCCCAUCACACACGCUGACAUACACAGCAGAAAAGACAGACAGUAAGAUCAACACUGCUAUGUCUUGUGUAGGACAUUUCUUAUCCCUUUUUUUGCUUUCACUUGCUUAGUUACUAUGUGUUUCUCCUUGUAAAAGGCUGCCGCUGGGUGGCAAAAGCCAAGAGAUCUUACGAACUAGGCUAUAUUUUUCUUAACUCGAUCUGAAAUCCACAGUUAGACCACAGUGCACCUUUGGUUGUGUCCGUAUAGGAUGCCAGCCUGCCUUGUGCUAACGUUUUAUACACGAAAUCAAACAAAAAAAUCUGUCAGCCAUUUCAUGUAUCCCACUACUCGAGGUAUCCAUGGAACAUGAAAGAAAAACAUUUAUGCAGAGGAAAAACAGAAAAUCAUCCCUGAAAACACACAUACACACAUAUUCAUACAUGGGGGGGAGGAAACUAAGAAAAUCAUUUUCCUCACCAUGGACUUGAUCCCAUUCUUACAACCCAUCCUUAUAACUUGAUGUGUAUAAAAUAUGCAAACAUGUCACAAAUGUUCUUUGUCAUUUCAAAACACUUUAUCAAUAUCAGGAGAAACUAACCAAUGGGUGGGAAAGGGUCAUUAUGUGAAAA